AGCAGAUUGUUCCUCAUAGACUUGCAGCAGAUGGCAUGGCUGUUAAGCCUGAUUGGGUUCACUAUAAAAACAUGUAGCCUUUCGCUAUCAGAAUCAGUAGUGACUCUGCUGAAUCUGGAGUAGGUCGUGAGGGAGAAUAACCGUGUCGAGUUCAUUCAGCUGGAAGUCGUGAAUCAUGCGGCAGCUCGUACGUUUGUUUUGCGGUGCUUUCACUAUUGCCUGUUUGCUGCCGGUUUUCGUGUCCGCUCUUCCGCGCAGUGUUAGGCCGAUGCCACAAUGGCAGCAGCCGUCUUCCUUGCCUCAGAAAGGCCUCGCGCCCUCCCCGUGGAACCCUACACUUGCUCCUAGCCGACCCCAGUUAGCCAAGGGCGAGAGGGACGAACGCCGACCGGAUAUAGCAAGGAUAAAGGUAAUCUGCCACCCAGACUACAUGGAGCUCCAGAUGGACGCUGAUCUGCUGGGCAUUGGUGUCCUGGUUGAUGUGGAGGACAUCCGGCUGGGCCCGAGUGACCAAUCCGGGGAGGCAUGCAGGGCCUUUCCCACCGAGCCCGAGAAGUACGUGAUCGCUGCCCCACUGACUGACUGUGGUACGCAGCAUGUGAUCACCGAAGACCAGCUGCUCUACACCAACACCCUGGAGUACUCUCCUGGCCCCUCCUCAGAUGGCUUGAUCCGAACUCAACCAGCGUCCUUUCCCAUUGUGUGCUACUAUAAAAGGAAGUUUGACCUGAGCAGCAUCCCUGUUGUGCCCACUUGGGUCCCCUUCAUGUCCACGCGUGCUGACGAGGGCCAGCUGGUGUUCUCCCUCCACCUCAUGACCGAUGACUGGGCGUCCCAAAGGGCUACUAUGAAAUACUACUUGGGUGACAUCCUCAACAUCGAGGCCUCGGUCGAGCAGUUCAACCAUAACCCCAUGCGUGUUUUUGUUGACAACUGUGUCGCCACGGUGACCCCUGAUGUUGAUUCUGUGCCCCGAUAUGGCUUUGUUGAUCAGGGUUGCCUGAUGGACAGCUUCCUGACGCGGUCUAGCGCUCGGUUCCUGCCCCGUCUUCAGCACAACAAGCUCCAAUUCCAGCUUGAUUCCUUCCGGUUCCACCAGGAGGAACGGACUGAGCUGUACAUCUCGUGUUUGUUGAGGGCUGAGACGGGCACUGUACUGGACGGCCGUGCCUGCUCCUUCAUAGACAACAGCUGGCAGUCUGCUGACAGUGAGGACUGGCUCUGUGACAGCUGUGUGUCACUGCGUGGCUCCGCCCAGUCUCCAGCAUCCAAUCAGAAGGGCUCCAUGCCAGCAUCCCAGAGUUCUGCUGGUAGCAGUGGUGCUGGUGGCACCAGUGCUAUGGUACCCCUGAGGCCCAGGUCAGCACCCGGUAGUCUGGACUCCACCAGAGGUUGGGAGAAACAAGAGCGUGUGGGUCCAAUCUCUGUGUUAAAGUCCAGAAGACCACUGGCACCACCAGAAGCAAUGCAUGGCCCAGAACCCAUGCCAGAAACUAACAUGGCCACAUCUGUCAAAAUAGGACUAGGAAGUUAUUCUCCCCACAAAGAUAGUCUCCCCAAUGAGCUUGACAAGCCAGUUAAUAAGAAUGUAGCAGUUACCCAAAGUCCAGAUGGAAAUGUCAACCAGUUCUUUGACCUGUGGAAAAAGCAAGCAUCCCAAAAAGACUGGACUGAAUUGAUGCAGCUUUUGCUGAAGGCGGCUUCGCCUGCUGUCACCAGUGCAGAGACCACCGCAGAGGCCCUGGUGCCCAGCGAGGCUACGCCCCUGCCCCUGCCUGCAGAGGAGGAAUCAACCGCUGCUCCUGCUCUUCUGCCCCUCACCCCGGGUUACAAAAUGGCUGACCUGAAGCUUGAUGACAUUGCCAUGGAAAUGAAUCAGUCCUCCCCAGCUCCACUCGAAGAGGAUGUGGUGGUAUCAAGCGACAAAGUGAACAAUUCUAUGACUUUAGUUUAAGGUCUUGCAAGCUUCCAUGGUUUGAGAGAUAAAUGUUCCAAACUGA